UUCGUCUUCGCCUCCGUCUCCCAACCUCAGCUCCAACCACAUCUGCCUCUCACUUCUCGCAGGAAAUACAAGCAAUCUGGAAUUCAGGUGUCUUCUUUUUGGGCAGAACAAUUACACUACAAUAGAGUGUUCAAGUAAUACCCAAAGGAGUCUAGGGUUGGUUGUCAUAUAAUGAAGCUAAGAGGUUGCGGUACUUCUCAUUUUAUCUGGUCUAUAAAAGAUGGCAUGGUGAAAAAAGUUCUCAAUGUGGAUUCACAUGGAAGGCCGGGUCUCAAGUUUAAGAAGCUAGAAGAUAUAUAUCACUCCACAGAUGCUGAACAUACCAGUAAGUUUCAGGAUGGUUAUGGUCAUACAAAGAUUGAUGGUAGCAGCUCAGGAAAUGAAUGCACACCCAUGCCCUAUGCAGAUCGAAAAACGAGAUCACAAAGUGGCCACGUUGUCAAGGAGGAUGAACCAGAAUGGCCAUUAAAUGAAAACACUUGUGAGGAACUGACAUUGUCACAGCUCAAGAAAAAGUGUAAAAGAAAGAAAAGGAAGGCUUCAGAAUCUGUUCUUCUAACCCCAAAAGCAGAAGAUGAUGAUCAUGAUCUCAGUGAACCAUUGUGUAAAUUUAGAGUUAAGGCUUCAAAGAGUUCAAGGUCCAAGAUGAUACCUGCUAAUGGAAGUUUUCCAACAUCUUCUAGAAGUACUCAAAUAAUUGCAUCUGAACCAAGUACAGGUACUGAUGAUGCUCUCUUGUUCAGUAAAAAACUUGCAGUUGUUAAUGUCAAAGUUGAAGCUCCUGAGGACUUUGAACAUGGAGAGACAACCAACAUGGCUGACGGUCCUUUAAUUUGUGAUGUGUCAUCGGACUUUAUUGCUUCUGAAUCUGGAUUUGUACUUGAUAAUAGAAGUUUUCCAACAUCUUCUAGAAGUACUCAAUUUGCUGCAUCUGAAUCAAGUAUGUGUCCUGAUGAUGCUCUCCGGUUCAGCAAAGAUCUUGCAAUUGUUAAUGUCAGAGAGAUGACCCACAUGACUGACGAGCCUUUAAUUUGUGAUGGGUCAGUUAACUUCAUUGCUUCUGAAUCAGGAUUUGUACUUACCAAUCAUGAGCUGAAGAGCACAGAAUCAGGAUCAUUCACAAAUGAUGUGGAAAUAUGUGGAUUUAAUGAAGCUUCACUUGAUAAUUUGGAUGACAUCACGGAUUCCUUUCUUGGUUCUCCAAUGAUUGGGGAAAACAUGGAAUUGGAUAAUGAAGAAAAUAUGGCAAAUAAUUUUCUGCAUUUGCCAGUAUCUAAAGUGGACAAAGAAGAAUGUGUCAACCAGCAACCUUCAAUUGUGAGUUCUUCGGAAGACGAUUAUUCUGUUGAAGAUCUGACUGCAAGCACAUCUGAUUGCUCUCAAAGUUCUCCCAACUCUCAGCAAACACCGGAACAAACCAACUACAUCUUUGGUGUUCAAAAUUCAGAAUCAACUAUUGAUGGCGAUCAUUAUUGCGCGGAUCUUGGCCAGGUAAGUGAUUCACACAUGGUCGAGGAGUUUGCAGAAGGUUCACCAAUGAAUCAGGAAUAUGGUUCUUUGAGCCUGAUGCCUGAUUACUUGUGUUUACCUUUGAAGUCACAUCCUUGGACGAGCCCUGAUGAUGAUGAUCACGUGGUAUCUAUUGAGGCCAAAUCAGCUAUUCCUGAGAAGCAAAAUAUAACAUCAGUGAAUGCUGAUCCAGGCUCCAACUCUUUGAAUUUUGUCAACAAUUGUUUUGUUCCUGAGGAUGCUUUGAUUCUUGAAGAGCAGCCAUCUUUUGUUCCAGAGGAUACUUCGAUUCUUGAAGAGCAGCCAUCUUUUGUUCCUGUGGAUACUUCGAUUCUUCAAGAGCAGCCAUCUUUUGUUCCUGAGGACACUUCUAUUCUUCAAGAGCAGCUAUCUUCUUCCCCUGCAAUUGCUGGUUCAGAAGUAAAGUUCUCUAAUCACAACUAUCAAACUGAUAUUACGACCAAGGCAUCAGAGAUUAGAAACUCUGAUUGCAUAGAACUUCGACAUUCUGAAAGGCUUCCUUCAACAAGAAAGACCAUUUCUCCAACCUCUCAGGAAAAGCUAUGUUUGGCAAUGAAGUCUGCAGAGUUGCUAGAUGACAUGGACCAUUACAAAUGCAAGGAGAAAUUGUACUUCGCGGAACAAGCUGAGAACAAGUUUCCAUCAAUUAAUUCAGAUGUUGAGGAUAGUGAAUCAAAUAAGCACCCUCAACAGCCCACCAGGCUCAUCCAGAACAAAGAUGUUAUCAGCCCCAAGCACAUGCUUAAGAAACUAAAGAAUUUCAAAAAGGGGUCUCCUCCCAAAAGAUCCCUUCCACCCAAAGGCUGUCUUGAUGGGCCCCGCCUAUGUCGUUCACUUCCACGUCUUAGCUCAGGGUGCACCUCCAUUCAAGGCUGUUCUGAGAGUGCUAUUGCAUUUUCACAGAGACAGAUGCAUGAUAUUGAAUCUCUUGCAUCAAAGCUAAUGAGUGAAUUGAAUUCCAUGAAGGUCAUUGUAGAAGAAAAAAUGCUCUAUGAAGCAUACCGUUCCUCAUCCCUGAAAAAUGAGGCAGAUGAGGUGAAAUCAGCCAUCAAGAGUGCAACAAAAACUGAAGAAACGGCAAGAAAAUGGUUAUCCAUGAUGGCGAGGGACUGCAAUCGUUUCUGCAAAAUCAUGAAACUGAACGAGGACGAUGAUGCAUCUGAUCCUGCCUGCGUGAUCACAGUCGAGGAGAAGCCUGUACAAAGAGAAGGGAAGAAAAUAAGUUUUGCUGAUGAAGUUGGUGGAACACUUUGUGAUGUCAAAGUCUUUGAGGUUGAUCGAGCUUCAUUAGAGUCAUCAACACCAUAAUAAUCUUCGUACAUUCUUCAAUUUGGCACAAGUUGUUGUUGUUGAUAGCCAAAUGUUAGGCUCCAUGAGUGUUGUUUAUGAUCCAUUAAUAACCAUUAUUUUGUUGCCACCAUUGAAAUUUUUUCAUCUCUUAGGAGGGAGGUUAAUGUAGUGAGCCGUAGGGAGCCUGAUCUGUUAGUUGCUAGUUGAUGAAAUCUAAAAGUACAAUUUGUGACAUCUGGUA